UGCCAGCCGCCAUAAAUAAGGAAAAGAAGGAGAAAAAGAAGCGGAACCACCACAGACAACGUGCUCGGAGCUCCGGUUUGAGCGGGACAGAAAUACCAGUUUUGAAUGAAGCCGUGAUUUAAUAAAUGCCCGCCGGGAUGGAGGCGAAGCCGCAGCCGCACAAACGCUACAUCUGCUCGUUCCCCGGCUGCGCGGCGGCCUACAACAAGCAGUGGAAGCUCGACGCGCACCUGUGCAAACACACCGGCGUGAGGCCGCACGCGUGUCCGCGCGACGGCUGCGGCAAGUCCUUCUGCUCGCCGUACCACCUGGCGCGCCACGAGCUCAGCCACAGCGGCGAGAGGCUCUUCCGGUGCACGGCGGACGGCUGCGCGGAGGCCUUCACCACCAACUCGAACCGGAGCCGGCACGUGGGCCGCGCGCACGGCCGCGAGCAGAAGACGUACGCGUGCGCGUUCGACGGCUGCGGCCUCGAGUUCAGGAAGAACAAGCAGCUCAGGGCGCACGUGUGCGAGCGGCACGCGCAGCUGCCGCCGUACCCGUGCGCCCACGAAGGCUGCCACAUGCGAUUCGCCUUCCCCAGCAAGCUGCGGCGCCACGAGAAGGUGCACAGAGGAUACCCCUGCGAGGAGGAGGGCUGCGACCACACGGCCAAGACGUGGACCGAGCACCUGCGGCACCGGAAGGAGCGGCACAGGCCCGUCCUCAGGUGUGACCAGUGCAGCAAGGUGUUCGGGGACUCGUGGUUCCUGCAGCAGCAUCGGCGUGUCCACUCCGAGGUCAGGGUGGUGCUGAAGUGCCCCAGGGAAGGCUGCAGCAGGUCGUUCACCACCACCUUCAACCUGCAGAGCCACAUCAGCUCCUUCCACGAGGAGCUGCGGCCCUUCGCCUGCGCGCACGCAGGCUGCGGGAAGACCUUCGCCAUGAAGCAGAGCCUGCGGCGCCACAGCGUCGUCCAUGACCCGGAGAGGAGGAAGCUGCGGAAGCCCAAGCCCGGACGAUCCAUCGCUUCCAGGUUAAGCGGCUUCAGGGAAGCGAAGGUCUGCGAGAAGCGCCGGGGGCCCGAGCCGCCGGGCUCCAGAGGGUCUGAGCCUCCGGGCCCCGUUGAGUUGGUUUCCCUCCUGCAGGAUGCGUCCCUACUGUGCAGCCCGGCAGCGGCGGUGGACACACACGGGCUCACCAGUGCCCUGGCAACACCUUUGGCGGUGUAAAGAGAGUCUUGUGCAGGAGGAUGUUCACACCUGGAGUGUGUGGAGAGCAAAGCGCUCAACCUGCGAUGAUAUAUCAUUUCUAACCUGGUUGUUGGAAAUCUAGGUGUUGCAUCUGGCUUCAUCCCUGCUACUCUGUGCACAUGCCUUUACAUAGAAGUGCGUCUAUUUCAGGGCUGCAACCAUCGAUUAUGUUCAUUAUCGAUUCAUCGAUCACUUGUUUGGUUCAUAAAAUGGUGAAAGAUGUUGAUCGGGUUUCCUAAAACCCCCAAUAUGAUUUUGUUUUGUCCACACACCAAAGAUAUUCAGUUUACUGUCACAGAGGAACAAAGAAACCAGAUUAUUUUCUCAUUUAGAAGCUGAAAUCAGAGAAUUAUGACUUAAAACUACUUGAAUCGAUUAUCCAAAUAGUUGGUGAAUAAUUUAGUAGUCGAUUACUAAUCGAUUAACUGUUGCAGCUCUUGUCUAUUUAUUGCUAUCGAUUCAAUAUGAACUGGUGCAGAUGUUCCCUUCCGCUGUGUAGCGCGUCGACUGCAUUGUUGCUCUUGUUGUUGUUUUUUUCUGGGGGAGAUUUAAUUUUCUGGAGCCCCUAAAAUUCAUAAUUUCUGUUUGUGAGUUAAAGAAUAUAUAUGGACACAAGUUUUAUAGUUUUUUUUUUCUCGCAUUACAAAAAUGUGACUUUGCAGAAGAACGGUGUUUAUUAAAAUAAAACCGGUGAAUGCACCAAACUGCA